AUGGACGACAUUGACCCGAAAGCGCAUAUCGAGGAGCCACAGGAGCAUGACUUCGACCAACGACACGAUGGGCCGUUCGAUCCACCUCGAACAUCGAUGCAGUUCCAUAGAGGCUCUGAGGGCGCUAUCAAGAAGACACAUAGCGACCCACUGUCGAUGAGCCCACCACCAAAGCGAAAGAGCAUGCAGGCAGGCAGGCAAUCUGAUGACUUUGCAUCCCCGCCGCGAACAAGCACGAACAUCUCUCGCGCUGGCAGGCCAAGCAGAGACUUCGACACUCGACUGGAUGGACCAUUUGGGAGACCGUCUUUGACUAUGGAAAGGAGGAGGUCGUCGGGCAAGAUGUCGCCUAUGAGUCCCGACUCGCAUCGGCGGCCGACUCUACCAACGAACACUCCCAGCGAGCGCGAGAAGCAAGUAGAGGAGAGGCAACAAGCAGAGCUGGGUGAGACACAUUCAGGAGAACCAUCGGAGCCCGUUGCGCCAACAUUGGAGGAACUGCAGAGCGACGCGGCUUUCGAGCCUGAACCACCAGCAUUGAAUUACAACAUGCGGAGUCGAAAGCUCUAUAUCGUCUUCUUCUGGUCGCUCAUUGUGUUGGACUGCGUUUUCAUGCCCAUUGGGCUAUAUUUUGGACUAUGGUACGGCACGAACCUAUCACCAAAUAUCGUCUUCUCGAUCGUUACGGCAGCUCUUGGUGGCGUCAGUAUAAUAGAAUAUUUUCUGCGUCUUCGAAGACUGCUCAAGAAGAACAGCACAUGCCGAGUCAUAGGAGCGAGGAGGAUGUACCUGGACUGGUUUCAUUGGAACUUCACCUUUGGCUGGAUGGUCGUCAUGAUCGAGCUCAUCAUUGGCACGAUCCCGACAUAUCCUCCAAUCCGCCUCCUCGCUAUGCCAGUAACAAGUAUGCUGUACGUCUUCGGCACGGAGCUCCUGGUCGUGGACACUAUGCGCUACUUCCAAGUCCCAGCGCCGUGGCGAAUGUCCUCGAUCCCACGCCAUGCACAACUACGACCUGCCAUCUACAGCUUCAUCGAGGACGUUGUGGCCGUGGACGGCUCAGGGGGUACAGCCUAUCGCGAGGCAUUCAACAGGCGGUACGAAGCCUCUCACAUCUUCCGCGCCAUGCUGCGACGUCUUGGUGUUUUCUGGGCUUUCGGCGCCGAAGGCAUUGCGGUCGUCUGCACCAUCCUCAUCUUCACGGUCCAGAAGGAAGCUGCAUAUGUGAUCGGCUGGACUGUACCUUUCAUCUGGGCUGGCGUCUGGACAGCUGGCACAUUCUGGUAUGUCGGCAGGAAGCUCAAGGAGGAGAAGAUUGCGUGGGCUGUGGAGAUCGCAGCCAAAAGUGCAGCGUAG